AUGGCCCAAGCCUCACAACCCAUGUUCAUAAAUAUCCCGCCACCGGGCUCCAACCCAGGCACCCCGUCUGACAUGCCUGGUACACCCACCAGCACCACCACCUCUCUGUCCGCUCUCUCGACCACCGCUAUCAAAGAUGGCCAGCGGGGACACCUUCCCCAUGGCCCCUCGAGUCGCGGCCAUUCCCACCACCCUUCCGCCACGAGCCUCGAGGCUGAGCGUGCCGACCGAAUUUCCCGCCUAGCCGGCCUCGAACGAGUGUCAACCCUACGCUCCGGGCCUCCCGGCGCCCAACAGACUGCUCACCACCCACAGGCUGACGACUCCCCCCAAACCACUACGCCGACCUCGACCGGCGGCUUCCCUCUACACCCGCACCUCACGCCCGCCUACUUCGAUGCGCAGGGCCAGCCAACAGCCAUGACCAAGAUAAGCACGGUCGGUACCGCGAGCGCCACCGAGAGCUACCCAGACGAUGACCACGACACGCGCACCGCAGCCGGCGAUCGCGACGAAGACAUCCUUAGUACAGAUACGAAUUACCGAGACGUCGGGUCGGUCACGAGCACGACUGCGGAGCCGGACCCGGACCACAUGGACGAGGAUACAGACGGCGGCACGACCCGGUCCAUGGGCGGCUACGAGGACCGCAUGAGCGACGAUGGGUCCGCAAGCCUCGUCGCCUUUGGAGAGGGGGCCAACAGCACGGUUUCGGGGCCCAUCUAUCACCGUCGCCCCGUCCCGGGUGUCACAUCGCAACCUGGUCCCGGCGGCCAUUGGACUCUGGAGAGGAGCAAUUCCGGACUGAGCGACACUUUGCCGACUACCCAACGUAACCGAGACGUCGGCGGGGGCGGCGGCGGCGGCGGCGGCGACACUCCCAUCAGUGCCAGCGCUCUACAGGAACGGCGGGAGGCGAGGAUGGUGGACGGUGUCGCGGCUGACAGUGCCGGCCUUUCCGAGGCGGAGAUGUUUGUCGAUACGACCAACCGACCGCCCGUGCCCACAAGUCAGCUUCAACAUGCCUCCUCACAACAGCACCUCAAUAACGCCAACCAAUCAUUAUCGUCCCCGUCAGCCAACCGCCGUGGAAGCCGCUGA